UUGCGUAAGAAAUCCUGGAUUGCGAGUGGUAGGAUAAGGCGCGGAUGAGGUACUGCUGCUAUACGAUGAUCGUAAUCUCGCCAGAAUGAUCCGCAAUUCCAGUGCUGCUCAUGCAGUAGCACGAAUCCAUGCCGCGCCAUCGACAUCCUCGCAGCAAAUUUGCCAGAUUCCACUUCCCAGCACUGCUCCAUUGCAAAUCCCUGCGCUCCUCCGCAAUCUAAGCUUCUCCCAUUCGCGAUCACACAAGCGCGCGCCGGGAUCUUGCGUUUUGGCCACAAAUGCUGCCGCUGCUAGUGCUGGCGUCUUUCCAGGGGGGACGAGGAGAGCGUCUGUGAGGCUUCCAGGACUAGGAUUGAGGCUCAAGGCGGAGGAUAUUUUGGAGGAUGGCGAGGAGAAGAAGGCAGUGCUCGACUCGGCGGUGGCAGCCGGAUUAAAUCUGGUAAUUCUCGAGGAUGGAAAGGAAGAUAGCUUGAGAUUCUACGAUGCUGCGCGAAUUGUCAUGUCCAUCGUUAGAGGAAGAGCGGAUGUUUUGAUCGUGGAGAGGGUGGACAUUGCUGCUGCUGCUGGAUCAAAUGGUGUGGUUUUGUCAGAUCAAGGCCUUCCUUCCGUGGUUGCGAGAAGGAUGAUGCAAAACGCAAUGCCUGAGGCUGUGGUGCUUCCGCUGGUUGCAAGAAGAGUCACCUCUUAUCAGUCCGCCGAGAUUGCAACGAUCACGGAAGGAGCAGAUUUUUUGCUGCUACAAUGCGAGCAAGCAUCGUCAGCCAGUGCUAAAGCUCUAGUGGAAGGCAUUUGCAAGCGGGUGAAGAUUCCUGUGUUUUUGGAGUGGGCUCGUCAAGAAGAGGAUGCUGUGAAACUUCUCAAAGUUGGUGCCGGUGGGAUUAUACUCGACUCUUUGCCAGCGGCCGCCGAAGUUUCGAGUUUCGUUACAGACCUUGCUUCAAAAGUGGCGUCAUCGGUCUAUACUAAAUCCGGGAAAGGAUUGAGCUUGAAUGGCGAAGGUGCUAAAUCCUCGUCGACUGCAGCAGCGGCUGUUUUGAGCUCGAUAGAGCAACAAGCGAAGCUUCUCAUCGAAGAAGAGCGGCCUAUACUUACAUCUGCUGUUGAGAUCAUCAAAGAGGCGUCACCACAGAUGGAGGAAGUAGGCUUGCUCGUUGAUGCGGUCAAGCAGCUAGAAGAACUUUUUCUGCUGGUUGUAGUGGGUGAGUUCAACUCUGGAAAAUCUUCAGUCAUCAAUGCGCUACUCGGUGACAGGUUCUUAAAACAGGGAGUACUUCCAACCACGAACGAGAUAACCUUGCUGAAGUAUUCCGACGAGAGCUAUGAGGAGCGUCCGGCGAGGCACCCUGAUGGCCAUCUCAUGCGGUAUCUUUCUGCUGGGCUGUUAAAACAGAUGAACCUUGUGGACACUCCUGGCACAAAUGUUAUACUUCAAAGGCAACAGCGAUUGACAGAGGAGUUCGUGCCUCGGGCUGAUCUUGUUCUGUUUGUUAUUGGAGCUGAGAGGCCACUCACUGAAAGCGAGGUUUCUUUUUUACGGUACAUACGCAGGUGGAACAAAAAAAUUAUUUUCACUCUAAAUAAGUGUGAUCUCCUUUCUGAAGAAUCGGAGGUGGAGGAAGUCAGAAGGUUCGUAGCGGACAACGUUCGACAGCUACUGAAUAUCGAAGCAGCAAUGAUUUUUCCAAUUUCUGCGAGGAAGGCAUUGCACGCAAAAGUCAAAGCUAAACAACUGGAAAGCAAGAAUCUAGAAAGAGAUCCCCUUUGGACAGCCAGCGGGUUCGACAAACUUGAGCAGUAUGUUCUGGACUUUCUCGGAGGUUCAUCAGAUGCUGGUGCUGAGAGGAUCCGAUUGAAGCUGGAAACACCGAUAGGAAUCGCGGCUGCACUGCUUUCAGCUGCUCGGAAGCAAGUAGAAGCUGAUGCGGCAAACAAUGAAGUUGAUCAGAAGGUCCUUGAUGAAAUGGAGGACCAGUUUACUAGUUACAAGCAGUUGCUGGGAACCAAUGUGGAUCUGCAAGUUCAGCUGGUUAUUACUGCGGUGGCCGAAGCAACUGCAAGAGCUUUAAAAUUUGUAGAUAAAAGAUUACAGGUUACGAGCGUGGACACGGCGUCAAAAUACUUAUUGCCGCGAAACGAGACAUCGUCCGCUGGUGCGGCUACUUUUGAGCGUGAAAUAAUUGGCACGGCAUUGUCCGAUGUUAAGAACGCGAUAGAAGAUCACAAGCUUUGGGUAACUCUGAACACCCAAAGGCAACUGGAGAAAUAUGUGGAAAUUGGCAAGAGCCGAUGGCCUGACACGGAAGUCGUGACGGAUUCCUGGUCCGAAAACGUAAGUUUCUCUGGCCGCAGCUUGACAGCGCUGGACGAAUUCGACGUCAAGGCCGCCAAUCUUCUUUUGGAGCAGGAACUUCGUGAAGCGGUUUUCAGCACCUUUGAAAGCCUCGGAAUUGCCGGUGCGUCCGCAUCGUUGUUAACUUCGGUACUGCCAACGACAUUGGAGGAUUUAAUUGCGCUUGGGUUGUGCUCAGCUGGAGGGCUUGUAAGUAUCUUCAAGCUUUCAUCCCUGCGUGAAGAGAUCAAGAGAAAAGUAGAGCAAGUGGCGCAAUCUCUAUCCCUGAAACUCGAGGAGGAGAUGAAAGCCGAGCUCCAAGAAUCCAUUCAAUCGAUCGAGAGCUCGGUGCUUCAAUUCACCGCUCCAUACCGAUCGCUAGUGGAGAAAGAGUCGACCAGAAUCGCCGCUGUCCAGGAGAAGCUCGUUGUCAUCGAUAAAGAGCUCCAAAUGUUGCGGAAGAACAUCCAAAACCUUGGCUCGUAAAGAGAAUUAUAAUUGACUUGGUCAACGAAGCAACGGUCAAGUAAUAGCCUUUGACCCUUCAAAUAGAAAUUUAGGGCAUCGUCGUGA